AUGGGCCACCAGAAUCUGACAGUGCUGACUGAAUUCAUUCUGAUGGGAGUCACAAAAAGACAUGAACUGCAUCUCCCCCUUUUUGGUAUCUUCCUUGUCAUCUAUAUGAUCACAGUUGUGGGGAACCUGGGCAUGAUCAUCUUGACCAAAGUGGACUCCCGCCUACACACACCUAUGUAUUUUUUUAUCAGACAUCUGGCUUUCAUUGAUCUUGGUAAUUCUACUGUCAUUUAUCCCAAGAUGCUAGUAAAUUUUGUGUUAGAUAAAAGUACCAUUUCUUAUUAUGAAUGUGCCAUACAGAUGGCUUUCUACAUUUUAUUCAUCAUCACUGAACUCUACAUCCUAGCAGUUAUGGGGUAUGACCGCUAUGUAGCCAUCUGUAACCCUCUGCUCUACAAUGUUAUCAUGUCCCACACACUUUGCCAUGUGCUCGUAGGCAUUCCGUACCUGUUCUGCACCUUUCAGUCUCUGUUGCUCACCAGUAAGAUUUUUACAUCGACUUUCUGUGGUUCUAAUAUUGUUAGUGAUUUCUUCUGUGACAAUGUUCCCUUAAUACCUUUGCUCUGCUCCAAUGCACGGCAAAUAGAACUGAUGAUCAUAAUGUUUGCUUCAUUUAAUUUGAUGUCCUCCCUCCUAGUCGUCCUGGUCUCCUACAUCCUGAUUUUGAUAACCAUAUUUAGAAUGCGUUCUGCUGAGGUCAGGAAAAAAGCUUUUGGCACAUGUGGUUCUCACCUGACAGUGGUGACUGUGUUCUACGGGUCUCUGUUAUUCAUGUAUGUGCAGCCUGAGUCUGCUCAUCCUUUUAGCACUGACAAAAUUACCUCUGUAUUUUACACUUUAGUCAUCCCUAUGCUUAAUCCCUUCAUAUACAGUUUAAGGAACAAAGAGGUAAAAAAUGCUUUCCACAGGAUCUUUAAGAACCCAUGUAAACUUUGUAUUUAA